AUGCAGCAGCAGCAGCCGCCGCCGGCGAAUGACCACCAGGCGGAGGUGGAGGCGGUGGCUAUGCUGUGCCUGCAGGCGCAGCAGGUGGCCGCCCUGCCCGACGCCACAGAGGGCCGCCGCAUCCAGCUGAGUACCACCUGUACUCCUGCUCCUGCUCCUGCUGCGGCAGUGUGCAGGGCGGGCGUGGCAGACUUCCACCGUCAGGUGCUCCUCCUGCACUGCGCACCCGUCAACAGCAUUGACGCCGUCGCGGUCACGGUCACCAUGGCCGCCACCUGCAACGACCAGCAGCACCCCGCCGCCGCUCGUAUUAUUGCCAGUGUCAACGUUGAUCUGGCGGAGCAGCUGCGUCGUCCCUGUCCCUCCCCCAGCGUCCUCAGCUUCGUGCUCGGCGUCGGCGGCACUACCGCUACCACUACAGCAGCUGUCGCGGGUGCCGUGCUCUCUCUCACUCUGCAUCACAGGCGGCUGGUCACCACCACAGGGACAGGCUGCAGCCUGCUGCGCAGCUGCCUGCGGCUGCCCCUCCCCCUCGCGGGCUGCUGCCCACCAGUGCUGCGGACGACGAUGAAGCAUAAUCGUCAGCAUCAGGGCCCAGCUGAGGUUGCGGACGACGGCGGCGACGGCGACGGCGAUGGUGACUCCUCGUCCUCUGGCUUCAUCACCAUCGAGAAGGGCACCAUCUCCAGGCGGCGCCCGCCGUCAGACUACCUGCUCACCACCGACGACGACGAGGUGGACGGCAAGCGGCCGCCGGGGGCCCCCACCACGACCACCACCUGCUGCUGGUCCUUGUCGUCCUUGGACGACGACACCAAAGUGGAGAACGACUUCCUGGCCAUGCUAAUGCUGGAAGACGACGACGACGACGAUGACUUGGUGGACCAGCUGGACGCGCUCAUCAAGGACGCCGAGGCCGACCUCCCUGUCAUAUGGCCAAGCCGCGGAUGA